AUGCCAUGGACUACUGUGGAUGGUAUCCUCCUCUAUAUUCAUAGCAUUGCAAGGAGUCCGCUUACAAGGUGGACUUGUUUCGUGUCGGUGGCGCUUUUGAUGAUUGCCAUUGUCUAUGAUUACAUUUAUAAACCACUGAAAAUUAAAGGUAUCUACCCGAUCCCGGGAGAAUUACCAAUCAUCGGUCAUUUGCGUCUAUUGAGAAACAAUCCAUCACAGGUCUUUUUGGUGUGGGCUACCCGCUACGAUAAAUCGGUGUUUCAAAUUAGAUUAGGAAAUAAAAGAGUCAUCGUGGUGAACGAUUAUGAUGACGUGGUGGAGCUUUGGAUGAACCACUCAUGCCAAAAUAAUUCGAGGCCCUUGAGUUACACUUUUCAUGGCUUAAUUAGCUCGUAUCAAAGUUUCACUGUGGGCUCAACGCCACAAAGUACAACAUACAAAAGAAAGAAGAGAGCUAUUGCGCAGUUUCUCAACUCCAAGUCAAUCUCGUCUUAUUCACUAUCCAUCUGUCGGGAAAUAGAGUUGACCUUGUUCAGACUUGAAAACGUUGCUAUCAAUGUUGAUGUAGAUGUGUGUCAUUAUUUGAAAUAUUUUGUCUUGCGAUGUAGCGUGUUCUUGAUGUAUGGCUUGCAUUUAGACUGUUUUGGGGUAGAUAAUGCAUUGUGCAAUGAAAUAAUAUCGAACGAAAGUGAGAUCAUAAGAAUGAGGUCGCCCAUUGCGAAUGUCCAAGAUUCGGUGCCAUUGUUGAAAUACCUCCCAAAUUUGACAAAUGCUUCCUUGGCGGUGCAAUGCAAGAAUAAAAGAGAGAGAUAUAUGAGUGAACUUUUCGCAAGGUUUGAAGACAAAAUGAAUCUAGGUGAUUGUGACAGUAUAGGCAGUUUUAUUGGGCAAUUGAUAGCAGAAACUGGCAACAAACAAUUGACGGAUGCAGAAGUCUACAGCAUUUGCUUGACUUUUAUAAGCGCUGGUUUAGACAAUACUCCGCUCAAUUUGAAUUACUUACUUGGGAUACUUUCACAACCUAGCAUUGGAAAAGCAUAUCAGUCAAAGGCAAUUAACGAGAUUCUCGCUAAUUGUGGUGGAGAUGUGCAAAAAGCUUGGGAACAGCUGAAUGAAUCAACCUUGAAGAAUGUUUACGUUCAUGCAUUGAUUUUGGAAACGUUAAGACAGUUUACUGUACUUCCUUUGAGUCUUCCGCGAACGACGACGAAAACAAUCAUAUACAAUGGAGUGGAAAUUCCAGCAGGCUCUCAAUUGUUCAUGAAUGCAUAUGCUGCUAAUCAUGAUCCAAAGCACUUUAAAUGCCCUUUCGAAUUCAACCCUGAAAGAUGGAUAGAUGCCAAUGGCCAAAUAAGCUUUACUGCGAAAGCUUAUCAACAUUUUUCGUUUGGUGCCGGGUCACGAAUGUGUUCCGGGUAUAGUUUUGCCGUCAAGGAAAUGUACAUAUUCAUGGUCAAGUUUUUGUUGAUGUUUGAAGUGCAUCCACCUGAUUCCAAGUUGAUGAUCGCAGAUCCUUUUCUUAGCAAUGAGAAUGCACACGCAACAUCUUUCGAACCACGCAGUCACAAUAUAAGGUUGACGCUACGACGAUCGCGGAAUCAAGAAUGGCUACAUGAUACAGAGUUAGUGAGAUAG